AUGGUCAUCGCCCACGAACGGCAUGCAGGUUUCCCACGGAUCCGACAAGAAGUUUAUCCUCAUGCAGGAGGUGUCGUGCUGCGGCUCUUAUUGGGUCGCGAGGCCCAGGACCCGAGGGUCUGGGUUGAUUGGGGAAACGGGGACCGGCCCGCCGGGUCCGCGCUGCUGGGUUGGUCCACGCUGUCGGAGUCGACCUGUGCCUCUCUGCAAUUCUCGAGCGGAUGCACCAGUGGCCUUUCGGUGCAGCUGGUUCCCUCUAAUGGGUCUGCCAUUGGUGUUGGCACACAAGGUUCCCCAAGUAAGUGGUUAUAA